CAGACUCACAGUGUUUUCUUCAGUUCUGGUCAGGAUGAGAACAGCUCUUUUCAUUGUCUGUGUGUUUCUCGCGCUGACGGCGGAAACUCAGGGAGCACCAGCAGGGAGCAUCGACCCUGUGGUGACUCUGAAACAUGGCCGCAUUCGAGGAGCGUAUGUGACGGUAAAAGGCACUGACAGGAGGGUGAAGCAAUACCUGGGCAUCCCGUUCGCCCGACCCCCUGUGGGGCCCCUCCGCCUGGCCCCUACCCAGGAUGCACUGCCUUGGGAAGGGGAGCGAGACUGCACACACCAGCCCCCCAUGUGUAUCCAGGAUCCAGAAAUAAUAGUCAACGUUUCAAGGAUCAUGUCCAUACAAUACAACCCACCCGAGAUUUCCGAGGACUGCCUGUAUCUGAACGUGUAUGCUCCGGCUGAGGCAGCCAAAGGGGAUAAACUACCGGUGAUGGUGUGGAUCCACGGUGGGGGUCUGACAGUGGGUGCAGCCUCUCAGUUCGAUGGGUCUCCACUUGCCGCUUACGAGAACAUGGUGAUGGUUAUUAUUCAGUAUCGCCUCGGCAUUCUGGGAUUCUUGAGCACCAGAGAUGAACACGCUCAGGGGAACUGGGGUUUCCUGGAUCAGCUGAUGGCUCUUAAAUGGGUUCAGGAGAAUGUUGAGGCUUUUGGUGGUGACCCUCAGACCGUCACCGUCGCUGGAGAGUCUGCAGGAGGCAUCAGCGCAUCUAUACUGUCUCUGUCUCCUCAAGCCAAAGGAUUAUUUCACAGGGCCAUUUUCCAGAGCGGAGUGGCAACACUUGGAACCUACACUACCCAUGAUCCUUCAGUCAACACAAAGAUUAUUGCCAACCUGACUGGAUGUGACCGAAGUAACACAGAGGAAAUGGUCCAAUGCAUCAGAGCAAUGAGUAAAGAGCAGCUGGUGGAUGCAACGAAAAAGACUCAGAUCUACCUGGGAGCUGUGGUGGACGGUGUGUUUCUGACCAACACAGGUGAGGAACUCCUCAAGAGGAAAGAAGUUCUGAAGAUCCCAGUGAUGCUGGGGAUCACCAACCAUGAGUUUGGAUGGAUCCUCCCUCAGAGUUUUGUUUCUCCUGGAUGGGAGACGGGGAUGAACAGGGAGGGUGUGCUCGCACUCAUGAACAUGUUCAACCCUGCAGGGGCGUCCUCUGCCAAUGACCUGAUCGCAGAUGAAUACCUGAAAAACGCCAGAACCCCUGAAGAGGUCAGAGAUGGAUUCACUGAGGUCAUGGGUGACCUGCUGAUGACCCUUCCUGUGGUCAGUGUGGCCGGAUACCACGCAGAUGUGGGGGUUCCAGUGUAUUUGUACGAGUUUGUGCAUCGAGCUGAGGUCCACAGAGACACCAGACCCAGCUUUGUGAAGGCGGAUCAUGCAGAUGAAGUGGGCUUCAUGUUUGGUGGGUGUUUCUGGAAUGGAGACAUCAAGGUCUUAGGGAACAUUACUACGGAGGAGGAAGGCUUGUGCAGAAACAUGAUGGCAUACUGGGCCAAUUUUGCUCGUACUGGUUCUCCUAAUGGUCCUGGUCUGGUCAACUGGCCUCAGUAUGACAGGCAGAAGCAGGAAUAUAUGGAACUGGGUUUGACACAGGCUGUGAGACAGGAACUGAAGAAAGAAAGAGUCCAUUUUGCUACUGUCACUCUCCCUCAGAAGCUGCAGGAGUUAGCAUCUGCAGCAGCCGAGGCAGGAAACUGAAAACUGUCAUGUGUGUCAUUGUUUUUAUGCUUCUGCAGUAAAUACAGCUUAGAUGUUCAUUUUUGUUGUAGAAAUUAUCUAUCAGGCUUCCCUUUCAGAUAUGUAGAUGCCAUGUAAGUCCCUCUUAUUCAUGUAUUUUGUGACCUAAGUAAUAAAAUAUAAUAAAAAGACAGCCUAUCAGUGAAAAAAA